GUUUUCAGAUACGUGGAGAAAGGAUCGAUUGAGCCAGGUACUAUCGGUGGGAGUAAACCGCGAGUUACGACUCCGAAGGUAGUCGAAUACAUUCGUCUACUGAAAUACUCAGACCCGGGGAUUUUCUCGUGGGAAAUUCGUGACCGACUUGUGAAUGACGGCAUCUGCAACAAAGACAGUGUGCCGUCAGUGAGCAGCAUCAGUCGCAUAUUGCGCAGUAAGACCCCAAAAGGUGAGUUCCCACGAAUAUUCUGGUAA